ACAUGUAAUAGAUAUUAUAUAUUCAUGAACAUUUAAUUGUGUAUUUAUUUCAUCAAAUUAUGUAAAUUGAUAAAUAUUCAACAAAUUGUUUUCUUUCAAUACAAAUUAACUAGCUAGCAGCUUAUAGAUUACAGAAAUUCAACAGACUGUUGAUAAAAGAAGAGAAGAUGUCCACGGAUCUCCCAGACCUCCAGGCAGCCAACAAUGCCAAGAUCUCAAGUGGAGAUCCAGGCUCCCCAUUGCACAAUAAAUUUCUCAUCCCUAGCCCUGUACCCACAAGGAGGAAUAGAACCUACUCAGCGUCUGAAAGAGCCAUGAACAGUGAGAGCUAUACAGGGAAGGUGAAGUCAUUUUGUAGGAACAAAGGUCACGGCUUCAUCGUUAAUAGUGAAACACAUGAACAAAUAUUUGUUCACAUAUCAGAUAUUGAAGGCGAAUAUGUCCCAAAGGAAGGUGAUGACGUGACGUACAAACUGUGCCCACUGCCUUUCAACACCGCCAAGAAGCAGGCCGUGCAUGUUAAAAUCACCCAUCUGGCCCCUGGCGUGUCCCACGAGACCUGGAGCUCCUUGGCUGAUUCACCCCGAUAGACUCCGAACGUUUGAUACCUCACAUUUGCAUACUGAACUACAUGUACACAACUUGGAAUACUUGGAACAAAACCAAUUAUGCACUGUUUAAUGGCAUUUUUUCGUGGUACAGUAAUGGAGCUUUUAAUAAUGCAAUACGGGAUUGUUCAAAGCUUUAAUGCAGUUCGUAAUUUUUGAAGGUGUAUUUUACUUUAAUUCAUUAUUGGUGUCCCAACAUACUUUAUUUUUAUUUCAUAUCUCUUACAUUAUAAAUUAAUUUGAAAACAAAUAUGAGUACCAUAAAACUGGACCAUCUUAAAUAGCACAUACAGUUCAUGUAUGUACAUAUGCAUGUUCUGCUAUUGUAGGCUUCUGGACAUAUUUAGAUGCUCAAACUCAUAUAUGUCAAGCAAAUCUCACAAUUUUAUUUUUUAUAACAUUUCUUAAGACUUGUUUGUUAAUGGUUGAGCCUUGAUGUUUUUUUUUAAUCAUUAAGUAACUAAAAAUCAAAAUACAAUUCUUAUACUAUAGUUACAUAAAUAAAUUGUUAAGUUAUCAACUGGUUAGCAGAUAAGAUGUCGGCUUUUAACUAAAUUAAUGAAUUAAAUGUAAUAUCCAAUAACUUGACACAUUAAAACACAAAUAUAUGUUUCAUUUGUCAAAAAGUUAUUGUGAAACAUUUAAGCAGGCAGCUGUAUUCAUGUUUGUAUGUAUAAAAAGCAAAUGUGUUUGCUGCAAGUUGUUAAAGAUUAUGUUAUUGAUACAUGAAAACCAGGGUCACUGUUUUUUAGGUGCCACAUUAAGGCAUAAUAUAAUAUUUUUGUUUGAGUGACCAUAUUUGUUAACCAUUUUGUUAUACCCCCAUUACUGGUAAUGGGGGCUAUAUAGGAGUCACUUUGUCGGUCUGUCUCGAAAUUUCAUCCGAUCUUCACCAAACUUGGUCACAAGUUGUAUCUAGAUGAUGUCUAGGUCAAGUUUGAAUAUGGGUCAUGCCAGGUCAAAAACUAGGUCACGGGGUCACUUAAUUUGUGUUUUAAACCGAAAGUUUGUCCGGACCAUGACUGUGUCAUUUAUUGUUAGAUUUAAAAAUAACUUGGUACAUUUGUUCACCAUCAUGGGACGGUGUGUUGUGUGAAAAAAAGUGUGUUGAUAUCUCCAAUGUCAAGGUCACACUUGGAGUUUAAAGGUCAAAUGCUUGUCUGGGCCAUAACUUUGUCAUUCAUGGUGAGAUUUUAAAAUCAUUUGGAAAAUUUGUUCACCAUCAUUGGACGGUGUGUCGGGCGAAAGAAUUACGUUGAUAUCUCCAAGGUCAAGGUCACACUUUGAGUUCAAAGAUCAUAAAUUAGCUUGCCCGGGCCAUAACUAUGUCAUUCAUUGUAAGAUUUUAAAAUCAUUUGGCACAUUUGUUCACAAUCAUUGGACGGUGUGUUGCGUGAAAGAAUGACGUAGAUAUCUUCAAGGUCAAGGUCACACUUUGAGUUCAAAGGUCAAAAAUGGCAAUAAAUGAGCUUGUCCGGGCCAUAACUAUGUUGUUCAUUGUGAUAAUUUAAAAUCAUUUGGCACAUGUGUUCACCAUCAUUGAACAGUGUCGCGCGAAAGAAUUACGUCUAUAGUUCCAAGGUCAAGGUCACACUUUGAGUUCAAAGGUCAAAAAUUGCCAUAAAUGAGCUUGUCCGGGCCAUAACUAUGUCGUUAAUUGUGAGAUUUUAAAUCAUUUGGCACAUUUGUUCACCAUCAUUGGACGGUGUGUCGCGAGAAAGAAUUGCGUUGAUAUCUCCAAGGUCAAGGUCACAAAAAUGGCCAUAAAUGAUCUUGUCUGGACCAUAACUAUGUCAUACAUUGUGAGAUUUUAAAAUGACUCUGUACAUUAAUUUUGUUCACAGUCAUUGGACUGCAGUCAUUCAAGAGUUCAAAGGUCAAAAUGGCUAUAAAUGAUAAUGGCAUAAUAAUUCUUCAAAAUUGCCAUAAAUUAGAUUCUCUUGUUUUGUGAAGACAGCAUGCAAAUAGUCUGUGUCAAUGCGGCAAGUGGGGGUAUACAUCACGUCUGGGACAAAGCUCUAGUUUUAAAUGAGCAACACUGGCCAUUUUAUGUAAAGUGUAAAAGAGAAUUUGUAAAUUGCUUUGACAUUAACCCAUAGUGACUUUGUUUAUUACAUGUACCGGUAUUAGGAGUUAUAAUGUUUGUUCUUUUAAUCACUUUCAUGAUUGAUUCUUGAAUGUUUUGAUGAAAUGAGUGAGUGAGAACCAUAUUUUGCAUGCACAGUACUCUUAAUUAUGUGUGUUCUGGAAAAUGUGGACUUAAUUCAUGUAUGUAAAAUGUCGUCCCAGAUUAGCCUUUGCAGUCCAUAGUGGUAUCCUGCUAAAGCAUUAAUCUGUUCUGUUGCUUAGAUUCAUUCACACCAGUGAUACAUUUGGGCCCUUCUCUGAGAAAAAGGUGGUUUAAUGCCUGUGCUUAAAGUUCCAUCCCAGAUUAGAUCAGGGACGACACUUUCCCUUUUUAUGGUAUUCUUCAUCUAAAGCAGGUCUCUUCUUAGCAAAAAUCCAGUUUAGGUGGAAAGUGUCGUCCCUGAUUAGCCUGUGGAGACUGCACAGGCUAAUCUGGGACGGCACUGUACACACCUGCAUUCAACCCCAUUUUCAAAGAGCACAGCCCAUUUAUGUAGUCUAUAUUGUUAAUAUUACAACUUUCUUCAACAUAAUGAUAGCAAUCUCUCUGUGCACACAUUAGUUGAGAGGUAAUGGAUCUGAUCAGUAAUGAUUGACAUCCCCAUUAUGACAAAUAUUAAUUACUGUAUUAGCAUCAGGGCAGUGAUGCUGGUAUUUAUAGAGCUCCUAAUGGAAAUAUUAACUUCUACUGGUCUUAGAGAGAGAAAUUCUCACUAAUAUUUUCAAAGUGAAAAUCCAUAAUCUAUAUUGAUAAAAUUGUUAAAUGCUAAACCUCUAAGCAAUAUUUGCCAGUUUAAAAUAGUUGUAUGUAUGAAACAACCACAGCCAUUAGGCAAGAAAAUUUAUGAAAAAGGGUCCAUUUUACAGCUCUUUGCAGAUAUUUUCAGGUAGUUAAAUGAGUGCUAUCUUUUAAUAAAAGAGUGCUUCUUUGAGAUGAUUACUUAACAUAAGCUGACUUAUUCUUUAUUUGAAUAGGAUAGUAAACUUUGUGUAGAUUAGAUAGUGUAAAUGUCUUGAUACAACAUAACCAAGAAAAUACUGUCCUAGAUUAUUUGUGUAUUCCAAAUUGAUUAUUAAACACAGAAAUGUGUGACAAAAUCUAUCUUAUAAACAAGUUUAUUGCUCUUAAUUACGUGCAAAAGACUACAUGUUCUUGUUUUAAAGCAAAUAAAUAGUAAAAAUGCAAACAAAAAUGUCAUAUAUUGAAUAUGGUUUAGUUGGAUAUGUAUAUGUUAGGAUUGUGUCUAAAAUGUGAGCUAUCAAUUAAUCAUUCAUUAUUAUAUAUGUACGGACAAUUUUUGUAAUGAUGUGCCACAAGUAGUAUACAGUAAGAUUGUCUGAUUUGUUCUUUAGCCAUUUUAUCUUCAUGGCAUGUGACACACUAGAUACUCAAUACAUUAGUUGCAAACUUG